GAUAAUAAACUCUUAUAUCUUUUGAUUACUAAAAGCCCAGGUGCAUUAAAAAGACAAGAUGGAAGGGAUGAAGCUAGCAACGAUAUGUGUAAUUUGGUGCAUGAUGGCGGUUGUGGCAUCAUCAGCAGUGGUAGAAUAUGAAGAAAUCGGUGAAAAGCCGCUGGGUUACGUGACAUUUGAACUAGCAAGGGGGGUUCAAAGCUACUCAAGUUUCUUGACACGGUUGCGAAAUGCAGUGGAAGCCCCAACCAGAGCUUGUGGCUUACAAUCGACACGAAUAACCCCGUUACCCGGGACUGAAUAUGGUUAUGCAAACCUGCUGCUCAGCAACACAGAGUGGAUAACCUUGGGUAUUGAAACCAAAAACUUAUAUGUGUGGGCUUACCAAGACAAUGUUAAAUAUGAUGGUAAGUAUAGGGCAAAUUUCCUUAGUAAUGCCCCUACCGAGGCUAAGAGCAACCUCUUCAGUGGUUCCACAAUUAGAAUCAGUCGAUUACCAAGUGAUUAUACUGAUCUUGAGCGGGCUGCUCGUGCAUCUCGAUAUGACCUGAUAUUAGGAAUUGAGAAACUCAGGGGGGCCAUGAGAGGCGUGUAUGGACGUCAAGAAAAUCAGCUAAAUCAAGGCAAAGAAGAGGCUAAAUUUCUUCUUCUUGCUAUCCAAAUGGUGGCGGAGGCAGCACGCUUCAAAUUCAUGGAGGAGGGCAUUGUUCGAAAUGAUAACACGCCUUACAUGAAACUAAAAAUGGUUGCUUUCGAGAAUGAUUGGAAUAAAAUCUCAAAAGCGAUUCAUCAAGCAGAAGGUGCCACACCAAAAUGCAUUAAGAUUACGCCGACCCUAGUAAUCAGUAAUAUUGGAUACAGGCAGGAGGUGAAUGAAGUGGCUGAAAUUAUAAACGACAUUGGCAUCCUCAAGUACUAUGGAUAGGCUCGUCUCACCGGCUGCAUGCAUACUACAGCCUACAGCUAAUAAAAAUAAAUCUUUCUUGUUUCAUGCAUGUUCUGUAUAGAGAUCAACUUAGCACUAUGAGGAUCUCGGGCUUAAAUUAUAUGAAUUAUAAGGAAAUUAGAUAAUAUUGUAAGCUUUUGAUC